AUGAUUUUCUCCACGUGUUAUUGUCUUAUCAAUAUACUAAGAAAUGAAGUUGGAGAACCACCUGAUAGGCUGCUUGACUCACUGGAAUGGAGGCCUGGUGAGGAGAGUGAUUCUGAGUCAUCUAGGGAGACAAGUAGUGCUGGCAGCAGCGAUCGUGAAGCAGAUAAGCGAUCCAAAUCCAUAGUUGAUGAAUGUCGGCCUCAUCAGAAUACCAAGCAACUGAACAGGCUGUCAGCGAGAGAUAAAUUUGUCAAAAGUUCAUCGAGUGAUGAAGCUGAAAUUUCCAAUUUGCCUGGAUUAUUCUUGUUUGAAUACUUAGAACAAGAACAAUCGCAUCUACGCAAACCACUGAUUGAUAAGGUAUAUUAA